GCUCUCUCCCUCCGCCUACGCCAUGGGCUUCGGAGACCUCAGAACCCCCGCUGGCCUCCAGGUGCUCAACGGCUACCUGGCGGACAAGAGCUACAUCGAGGGGUAUGUGCCAUCACAGGCCGAUGUGGCAGUCUUUGAAGCGGUCUCUGGCCCACCACCGGCUGACCUGUUCCAUGCCCUGCGCUGGUAUAAUCACAUCAAGCCUUAUGAGAAAGAGAAAGCCAGCCUGCCAGGAGUGAAGAAAUCCUUGGGCAAAUAUGGCCCUGCCAGUGUGGAAGACACCACAGGAAGUGCAGCUGCGGAUGUUAAAGAUGACGACGACAUUGAUCUCUUUGGGUCAGAUGACGAGGAGGAAAGUGAAGAAGCAAAGAGGCUCCGAGAAGAGCGCCUUGCACAGUAUGAAUCAAAGAAAGCUAAAAAGCCUGUGGUUGUUGCCAAGUCUUCCAUCUUACUGGAUGUGAAGCCCUGGGACGACGAGACAGACAUGGCGAAGUUAGAGGAGUGUGUCAGAAGCAUUCAGGCAGACGGCCUGGUGUGGGGCUCUUCCAAAUUGGUUCCAGUGGGAUACGGAAUUAAAAAGCUUCAAAUACAGUGUGUAGUUGAAGACGAUAAGGUUGGAACGGAUAUGCUGGAGGAGCAGAUUACUGCUUUUGAGGACUACGUACAAUCCAUGGAUGUGGCUGCUUUUAACAAAAUCUAAAAUCAGUGCACUUGAAUAAAAGCUAGAAAAA